GGAAGAGGAGUGGCGCAGUGACGAAUGGCUUGUUUUGCUAAAGGUUAGCCAGCAGGCUAACUUCACCCCAACACUUUGGCUUGUUUUUAUCUUGUCCCCCCGCGUCAGCCAGCCGCUCUUUCCUCUGGAUGUUUCAGGUAAAUGUGAAGGUGUAGCCGCUGGAGCCUCCGCAGCCAUGAACGGGAGCAGCAACCCGCUGCUGGACAAAGAGGAGCAUGUGCUGAAGCUGGGGGAGAGCUUCGAGAAGAGGCCCCGCUCCUCCUUCCACACCAUCCGAUAUGACUUCAAACCAGCGUCUAUCGACACGAGCUGUGAGGGAGAGCUGCAAGUCGGAAAGGGGGAUGAAGUUACCAUAACGUUACCUCACAUUCCAGGCUCCACGCCGCCCAUGACCGUGUUCAAAGGGAACAAGCGGCCGUACCAGAAGGACUGUGUGCUCAUCAUCAACCACGACACCGGCGAGUUCGUCCUGGAGAAGCUGAGCAGCAGCAUCCAGGUCAAGAAAACCAGGGCGGAGGGCAGCAGUAAGAUUCAGGCGAGGAUCGAGCAGCAGUCGGUUCGGUCCAGCCAGCCCGGCUCUCAGUUCCGGGCCCCCACCAAGCCCGGGGCCGGGGCCAAAACCUCCCCCUCGCCCUCCAAGGACAACCCGUCUCCUGAGCCGCAGCUCGAUGACAUCAAGAGAGAGCUGCGGGCCGAGGUGGAGGUCAUCGAGCAGAUGAGCAGCAGCGGCAGCAGCAGCUCCUCCGACUCGGCCAGCGCCUCGGGCAGCGGCGACGACAGCUCCAGCAGCGACGGCGAGCACGACGCCGCCCCGCCGCCGCAUAGCCAGGCGUCCCCGAACCGCCACCCCAUCGCCAACGGAGCGGCCGAGCGGCAGCAGGGCAACAACCAGCUCAUGAACACACUCCGAAAUGAUCUUCAGCUCAGCGAGUCGGGCAGCGACAGCGACGACGACUGAACGCCCUGCUGGUCGGCCUCUCUCUCCCUCUCUCUCUCUCUCCCUCUCUCUCCCUCUCUCUCCCUCUCUCUCCCUCUCUCGCUCUCGUUCCCUUGCCGUGGUAGCCGACCCCAGCUUGGUUUGACUGUAUUUUUAUUAUUAUUAUUAUUAUCAUUAUUAUUAUUUUAGUAUUCCCUGAAAGAAAGCUGGCCAGCGUGCAGUUUUAAGAGUGUAUUUUUAUUAGAUGUAUAUUUUGUUUUGUAUAUCAAAACUUUACCAAAAAAAAAAACAAAAAAAAAAAAACAGCAACUUUUAAAUAUGAGAGGUUUGGAAGAUUCUAUAAUAGAGUGCACAUACAUAUUUUCUGUACUUAGAGCAGCUAGUUUUAUGGACUCGUACCGCGCGCCGUCUGUUUGGGUUGUGUCUUUAUGGGAGGAUGAGGAGGAGAUGGGAUUUUAAAAAAAAAAAAAAAAAAAAAAAAGGUAGAUCUUCUCGUCCUUUCUGCUCAUCUCAUGUGUAUCAGAGUUUCUCCGUGUCGUGGUUUUAUCAGUUGAACAGACAGAAAUCACAUCGCUUCGCCC